AAUAGUAUUUAUCGAAAGAAAAUGAAGAAGCAAGGAAGGGUUUCUGCAAACUCUUUCUCCGAUUUUAUUUGAUUUGAUUUCGGAUAAAUUUACGUUCAAUAAUCACAAGAAUUUCAAUUAUUAUCAUUCUUGUUAGUAUUAUUAUUAUUUUGGAAGAGGGCACAUUGAUAAAUAGAUAGAGAAGGCGAUUCUUUCUUUUUUUUUUUUGAAAAUCUUAGCUACAAGAUGAAGACGACUAAAGGAGGAAAAGUUAUGAACCCUACUGAUGCCUAUCGUAAGGAGCUUCGAAAGAAGGAAUUAAAAAGGAAUAAAAAGGAAAGAAAGAAGGUGAGGGAGGUUGGAAUUUUGAAGAAGGAUCCUGAGGUGCUAAAGGAGCAGAUUGAUAAGUUGGAAAUGAUGAAAGCUGAUGGUGCUUUGGACAAAGCCAGAAAGCACAAGAAGAGACAGCUCGAGGAUACACUUAACCUUGUAUUGAAAAAGAGAAGGGAGUAUGAAGAUAAAAUGAAGGAGAAGGGUGAAACCCCAAUCAUGUUCAGUCAUUUGGGGCCACCUCGGAGAAGAACUUCUGCAGAAGAAGAAGAGAGGGUCAAGCACCCUAAACCUGAAGACUCUGUCUAUUAUCACCCUACGCUGAAUCCAACUGGGGCACCACCACCAGGAAAACCUCCGAUGUAUAAGUCAUCCAUAGGGCCUAGGAUUCCCCUAUCUGCUGCUGCUUCAUCAAGUGCUGCUGCAUCGUCUUCAACGUUGGAGUCAGAUGAUUCUGCUUUAGCAGUGCCGCCGCCACCACCUCCACCACCUCCUCCUUUGCCAGAGAGCAAUCAAUCGGGCACUGGUGAUAGCUCCGUUAUACCUUCUUCAUUGCCACUACCCCCUCCUCCUCCUCCAAUGCCACCAAAGCCUCCUGCACCAGGCUUGGGUGUGUCACUGCCUCCUCCACCUCUACCACCUCCUCCUCCAGGGCCCCCACCAAAAGACCUUGCAGGUCACACCUUACUUCUGCCACCUCCACCCCUCCAACAGUCUGCUCAGCCACCUCCACCUGGAACCAAUGAAAGUGAAGGAGAAAUAAAUUCAUCUAAAUUACAAGAUGAACCAUCUACCAAAGAUACAAUUCAGGUACUUCCUGUUCUUCCUCCACCUCCUCCUCCGCCUGGAAUGCUGCCUAAUUCAGCGAGUAACCAGUCUGAAAGUGGCUUAUCUGAAGCUGAUGGCAGUAAUUUAAUACCUACAAAUGAGAACCCUAAAAUGGUUCCUCCACCACCACCUCCUUCACGGCAACAGCCUCCAGUUCCUGGACCAACCUUAAUCCCUGCUUUACAAGGUGAUAUAUUACCCCCAGGAAUAUCGCGUCUGCCUCCACCACCUCCACCUAAUAUGCGGGCACAAGUGCCUCCUCCUGGACUUCCUGGUCAAGUGGCUCCUCCAGGAGUGAUGGUUCCUCUAAUGCCAAGACCACCAUAUGGUCCUCCCCCUGGACCUCCCCCAAUGAUGAGGCCACCGCUUCCACCUGGUCCUCCUCCAACCUUUCAAGAGGAUGCUGCAAUGAGGCUACCUGUUCCACAGAAGCCAUCUUAUGUUAAAUCUGCUGCAUCUACUGUUGUUAAGAGGCCAUUAGCACACCACAAUAAAGAACUUACAUCUAUGGUUCCUGCUUCAGUUUUAGUAAGGAGAGAGACUGCUGUCUCAAAACCAAAGCCCAAGGCAAGGAUCUCAACUGCAACAGCACCGACCAGGCCAGCAGCUCCUACUAUUGUGAAGGCAGAGUCUGUUAACUCAUCGUCAGCACCAAAGACUCAGAGCAUUGAUGACUCAUAUAUGGCAUUUUUGGAGGACAUGAAAGCUCUUGGUGCGCUUGAUGCUUGAUGUCAGAGCUAAGAGGCGAGGCUAGUGGCGCAAAAGAAAAACUGAACAAAAUGUAUAGGCUAAUAUGCUGGAUCAGGACCUUGAGCAGUAAUAAUGUUACUGCCCAGUGACCUUAGUUCUAUCUUCAUUUUAGGAAACCUCCCAUCUAUUGUGCUACUUCAUUUUUCAAUUGAUAGAACAUCUCAAUACGGGAGGAGGGUGAGAAUCAAGGGAAAUUUUUCUAGGACAGUGGUUAUGUCAACACAGAACAAGGUGGAAACUGUACUACAUUGAAAUUCAGUAUUUGCUCGCUCGUCUCUUUUUUUA